CUAAUUGCUUUAAUUGCUUUAAGAGUAAAAAGCAAAAGCUAGUUGCCGUACAGGAGGUAGGAAACAAUGGACUUUGGUCUCAUCACGGCAAGGUUCAAAAGACCCUUCACGCAAGGUUAUGAUAUAUACAAAAAGAAGAAAGGAAAGGGGAGAACGAGCUGAGAAAGAAAGUCAUCCACAGGGAAGAGGAAACCAGCUGAGACACGAGGCCAACAGAAGCUCCAAAAGUAUAGGUGGUGCGUUUGGUGGCAACAGGGGGCUCCGUCCGGUGCCUCCGGAGAAGGGAAAAUUCCCAUUGGACCAUUUGCAUUUGAGUGACCUAGAGAAGGUGGAGUACCUAAAUUGUUUGAAGACUGUUGGCCACCAGUCUGAAAAAUGCAGGCAAUUCACAAAAAAAUACCUGCAGUGUCGUAUGGAGAGGUGGUAUGCAAUUUAGGAACAUGGAAGAAGCUAGAUGGUGGUAGAGUUGAACCUGCAAAAAUGGAAGAAAAAAAAGGAUGGAGUUUAAUAAAAGAAAAAGUUUGCAGAUAACAAAACAAGGUUUACGUCU